UUUAUCAAGCAAAGAAGGCAUCAAACUGCUGAAAAACCAAGCUAAAAGAUGUUGCCGUCGAAAUUCCUUCAACGAAACUCCAUUAAUGACACAAUCUGUGUCGUCAUCGUCAUCCUCUCUCUGAACCUCUCUUCUCUUCUUCUUCUCUCCCACGCCUACGUACCUCAUCACAGAUUCAUCUAUGGAGGUUGCUCCCAAGACAAAUACCAACCAAACUCACCCUUCGAAUCCAGCCUCACCUCCUUCUUCUCUUCACUCUCAUCCUCUUCCUCUCAAUCCUCUUACAAUAGCUUCGCCAUCGGAAACACCACUUCAAGCCCUUCUUCAGAUUCCACUAUCUUUGGCUUAUACCAGUGUAGAGGUGACCUGCAACUAAAGGAUUGUUCGAAGUGUAUCGCAAGCUGUGUUAGCCAAAUAGGCUUAAUUUGCCCUUAUGCCUCUGGGGCUUCGUUGCAGCUGGAAGAAUGUUAUAUCAGAUACGAGCGUUUUGAUUUCUUAGGGAAGCUUGAUACGAGCGUGAGGUUCAAGAAGUGUAGCAAGUCGGUGGCGAACGAUGAGGAGUUCUACCGGCGGCGGGACGACGUGCUGGCGGACCUGGAGGCGUCGUCCGGGUUUCGGGUCAGGACGUCGGGUUUUGUGGAAGGGUUUGGUCAGUGCUUAGGGGAUUUGAGUUCGGAGGAUUGUUCGGCUUGCCUUGCAGACGCAGUGAGGAAGCUGAAGAGCUUGUGUGGUUCUGCAGCUGCGGCUGAUGUGUUCUUGGGACAAUGCUAUGCAAGGUACUGGGCGUCUGGCUAUUACAACGAACCAGAUUAUUCCUCGAACAAGGACCAAGUGGGGAAAUCUGUGGCCAUCAUUGUGGGAGUGCUAGCAGGUCUCGCCAUUUUAAUUGUUCUUCUCUCAAUCUGCAGAAAAGCAAUGGAUUAAAAAGGAAGGUGGGGCCGUGUCUCUAAGCAGGGGCAUAAUCAUUAUGAAAGGUUCACAAACAUAGUUUUUUUUUUUUGUUUAAUCUAAAAUUUGUGAAAGCGAUCUCUGCUGCUUCUACAAUUUUUUUUUCCAAAAUUUAAUUAAUACAUUAUUAUCAUAAUCAUGUUUUCCCACUAGAAAGGGGGCUUAUCUUCUGAAAUACAUCAAAUUCAAAAGGUCUGCAGAUUCUCCUUCUUUUGCAAGGGGGAAAAUAUAGUUUUGAGUUUGGGACAACAUGGCUUAGAUCGUUGGAGAAAUUUUAUUGCAGCUGAAGACCUUAAGAUUAUGAUAUUACACUGUAUCUCAUGGUACUUUUUAAAUGACAUCUCUCCCCCUGUCAAAUAUUAUUCAUCUUAGUAAAUCAUUGACUACUUUGUUUUUGAAGAAAAUAAUUAGAAUGGGAUAGCAAAUAUAAGUUGCUGAUCUGUGCAAUUUCUUUUUCUUUUUUUAACAAAACUAAAGAUCAGUUACUACUUUCUUGGAUAAAUAAUUAAAACUAGAAAAUUAGAAGUUGAUCUAUGCAAAUAUUUUUUAUCAAUGAAGUCCAAAAACUAAAAAUCAUUUGCUACUUUCUUUUUAGAAAUGACUAUUUUUCUUAAAGAAUAGAAUGAAAUAACACUACUUUCUUUAUCAAUGAAGUCCAACAACUGAAAAGUUUGCACAAAUCAACUUGUAAUUUGCUAUUUUAUUCUAGUUAUUUUGGUAAGAAAAGUAACUAUUCUCUAAACAAAGUAGUCACUUAUUUACUAAAAUAAAGUAUCUUUUCUACAGGGGCAAACAUGAUAUUUCACAAAAAAUGACAUCAAAGUCACAAGGACUAGAAAAUAAUUAUCAUAUAAAAGGUAAAACUAAAACAUUAAACGAAUAACAAGAACCAAAUAAAAGGCAAUUUUAUUAAUUAGAAGCAAGUUAACACUCCACAUCAACACCAUGGAUCACUUCAUCACUACAUUAAAUAUAUUUUGAGCUUAUUUUUCAGUGUUUAAGUCCUCUGUAUGUGUUAACUGUUGUUUUGAGGAGGACUUGCAUGAUCUGGUUCAUAGUCCACACUGAUUUCUGGAUUCAUCUCAUAUUUUCUUGUUCUUUUCUUUUUAUUAUACAGUUUUUGAAUAUCAGUUGCAAACCAAUAUCAUUCAUCCAUUUAUCUCCAUCAUUAUUCCUUAAAACAAAUUUCUCUAUAGAGGAGUCAUCAUUAAUGCCAUUAUUUUUCUUAUCAUUCUGCAUCAAACAAUGCAAAAAAGUGAUUUCGAUCAUAAGAUUAUAUAUACACAAGAGAAGAUUAAAUUAAAGCAAAAUAGGUGAUAAUUAAUCAACAAAACCUUGGGAGUUGAGAGCAGGUUCUUCUCCAGAUUCAUAUCAUGAGUGACUAAUUCUCGAGCAUUGCUUGUAUACAAUAAGGAGAUGCACAAAAGGAGAGAAACACUGUGUAAUGAUCGACACAGUUACUGUAAAGGAGGACCAUGGGUUUAUGUGUAUAUAUGGUAAUGGAUUAGCUUUAUUGAUUUUAUAUAGUGAUUCUUCGCAAAACAAUAAAUACCAAACGUGUUAAAGAUAUUGAAUCUCAAAGAUAAUAAUAGAAUUUUCAAGCUCUUUUAUCACAGUUUACUUAGAUGUGAAGAUGCAAAGAGAUUGAAACAAAACUUUUUCUGAAUUAAUGGUGAAAAUAUAAAAAUACAGGCAUGUUGAUUAUAACUUGAAACUGGAAAUGGUUCUAAGGCUAACCGGGAAUACAAGGUAAAUUUGGAAAGUAAAAUGACCCUGUUUAAAAUGUUGGUGAAGCAUUGUUGAUUCUAAUCCUCAUGAUCCUUAGGUCCUUUUUUAAGCAUUCAACUGAGACCUUUGUUCUCAUGAGAUUUGGAGCCUACAUGAAAUAUCAGCAACCACUUAACAAGGCCUUGUGAGAUUCAUGGCACGUUAUGUCAUAUUCACUCAACAAUCUGCAACAUCCAAUCAUUCCAAAUCCUGAGGAUUACGCCUACUAUGUGUGUGGCACGAUCCUUCUUGUAAACAUGGACCGGGCUAUGUCUCUGCCUGCAUCUCGAGCCUGUCAUGUCAUUUUGUUUGGCUCCUCCUUCUUGUCUCUGGGCUGGCGCUUUAUUUUAAGCCCAAACAAUAGUAACAGGAAU